AUGGAUUGGUUACACUUCUACAUCGGCGGGGCUGCGCUCCUGGUAUUUGCUUUGGUUGCACUGGUUCUGCUCGUCUCGUUCCAGCAGGUCAAGGUCAACAUGGACCAUGGUCCCUUGACUUAUGUGAAAUUCAUAUGGGCCAACUUCCUCAAGCCACACGACAGGUCCGGGUCCGGUCAGCAGGAUGCGUUGGAAAGCUUUUACAGAACACAGGCCACCGUCUACGAUGCCACCCGUCACCGUCUUCUCCGGGGUCGCGAGGAUAUGCUGGGUCUUGUGGCGGCACAGUUAAAGCAUAAGGUUGAGAGCAAGGAGAUCAAGCCUGGAAAGGCUGUCUGGGUGGAUAUUGGUGGCGGCACUGGAUAUAAUGUUGAAGCUAUGUCAGCCUUCGUUCCAGUGGAAAAGUUCUUCGACCAAGUCUACCUUGUUGAUCUCUCACCAUCCCUCUGCGAUGUGGCUCGCAAACGCUUUGAGCGCCUUGGAUGGAAGAAUGUCACGGUCCUUUGCCAGGAUGCUCGAUCCUUCCAGAUUCCCGAGCGAGCAUUUGAUCCGCGAACCAAGGCUGCUGCAAGCGAUCGGGCCGAUUUGAUCACCAUGAGCUACAGCCUUUCCAUGAUCCCAGACUACUAUAGUGUUGUGGACUCUCUGACUUCACGUCUCACCCCUACUGGUGUGCUCGGUGUUUGCGACUUCUAUGUACAAAGCAUCGUCGAUGUAUCUUCUCGCAACUACACCGGUGGUGCCUUCAACCGUCACGUUAACUGGCUCGGUCGUGUCUUUUGGCGCGCAUGGUUCGAUUUCGACCGUGUCAGCCUGGAGGCUGCUCGUCGGGAUUACCUUGAGUACAAAUUUGGAACCGUGAUCUCGGCAAGUGACCGCAAUUAUCUCCUCGGUGGUAUUCCAUACUACAUUUUUGUUGGUUGCCCCAAGGAUAUGGCUACCACCCCGUCAAGCCAAACUACUAUCGAGAAACUCGAUGCCUCGUUCACCGAGUCUCCCUAUCUGUCCCCUGCAAACCACAAGGUGGAAAUGAAUCAGGCUGUUGAACUAAACACCAGCGAGAUCCGCUCAAAGGCGUACGAGUCUGCUGUCGUCAACCUGAGUGCGAACCUCCCUCUGCCAUCCUCAUUCUACCAGAACCAUCACUAUCGAAUCCACUAUAACGACAUGCUGCCUAAACACACCCAAUUUCAGAAUGAAUACAUCUAUGCCUUCACCUGGGAAGACCCGCGCGUUGACCACCGCCUUUUGAAUAUUGGCCCGGACGACGUGAUUCUGGCAAUCACUAGUGCUGGUGACAACAUCCUUGACUACCUCCAGAAGAACCCACGACGUGUGCAUGCGGUUGAUUUGAACCCUAACCAGAACCACCUUUUGGAACUCAAGGUAGCCAGCUUCAUUGCUUUGGGCCACCGAGACACAUGGAAGAUCUUCGGCGAGGGUAAACACCCCCAGUUCCGCGAGCUCCUUAUUUCAAAAAUGAGCCCUCACUUGUCUAGCCAGGCAUUCCAGUACUGGCUCGAGCAUAGCCACGUCUUCAGCCCCUCAGGUAAAGGUCUAUAUGACACUGGUGGCUCACGCCACGCCAUCCGCAUGGUUCGCUACCUAGCCAAGAUGUUCGGAUUGGAUGGAGAAAUUCGCAAGAUGUGCGAGGCGCAAACUCUCGCUGAGCAGCGCGCAAUCUGGCCGCGCGUUCGUAAGAUCCUCCUGAGCAAGCCCUUGAACUGGGCUAUUGUGAGCACCGAGUGGUUUGCGUGGAAGGCCGCUGGUGUGCCCCGUAACCAGCGCAACAUGAUUGUCGACGACUUCUUCCGUCGUAACGGGUUGAACUCUGAUAUGAAGCAGAGCAAGGACGUCAGCGGUCAGUCGAUCUGGGAAUAUGUUGUGGACACACUCGAUCCCGUGGUCAAAGACACGCUUCUCAGCAAUGAUAACUACUUCUACUAUCUGUGCCUCCAGGGCCAGUUCUCACGCAGAUGUCACCCGACUUAUCUGUCGCCUCAGGCCCACGUCAAACUUUCCACACCUGGUGCUUUCGAUGGUCUUCGCAUCCAUACCGACGAAAUCAAUGAAGUGAUCAAUCGCAUCAAACCAGGUACAUUGACCAUCGCUGUGGUCAUGGACUCGAUGGAUUGGUUCGACCCCACAGAAGACGCAGCAGCUGCUCAAGCCCGUCGUCUGAAUCACGCCCUCAAGAUUGGCGGUCGCAUUCUCCUCCGCUCCGCCAGUAUCGACCCUUGGUAUAUUAAGCACUUCGAGAAGAACGGAUUCACAGCUCGCCGCGUUGGCGCCCGAUUCCCAGGAACCUGUAUUGACCGUGUCAACAUGUAUGCUUCUACUUGGAUCUGUACCAAGAAGGAGGAUGUCAUUCGUCCCACAAGUGGCCGGACAAUCUCGGCUCUCUCUCUCAGUGACAUUUCCAUUGCUACAGCAAAGCGCUCAAGUUCAAUCAGCGUCGAAGACCUAAAGAUUUGA